AUGUCUUCUCGAAAGAAGGUUCUUCUCAAGGUUAUCAUCUUGGGCGAUAGCGGUGUUGGAAAGACCAGCUUGAUGAACCAAUAUGUCAAUAAGAAGUUCAGUGCGAGCUACAAGGCUACCAUCGGCGCCGAUUUCCUGACUCGAGAGGUCCUGGUCGACGAUCGACAAGUUACUAUGCAGCUUUGGGAUACUGCCGGCCAAGAACGAUUCCAGUCCCUCGGUGUUGCGUUCUACCGAGGCGCCGACUGCUGCGUCCUAGUCUACGACGUCAACAAUGCCAAGAGUUUCGAGGCGCUGGACAGCUGGAGAGACGAGUUCCUCAUCCAGGCUUCUCCCCGUGACCCUCCCAACUUCCCAUUUGUCGUGCUUGGUAACAAGAUUGAUGUCGAAGAAAGCAAGCGAGUUAUUUCCAACAAGCGCGCCAUGACUUUCUGCCAGUCCAAAGGCGACAUUCCUUACUUUGAGACAAGUGCCAAGGAGGCAAUCAACAUUGAUCAGGCUUUUGAGGUCAUUGCCCGUAAUGCUCUGGCCCAAGAAGAGUCUGAAGAGUUCAGCGGCGACUUUGAUGACCCGAUUAACAUCCACAUUGAGAACGACCGCGAUGGCUGUGCUUGUUAA